UACUAUAGAUUAGCACAGAGGUACAGGAAACGGAAAGCAUUCUACACACCAUCUCUUCGUCCUCGGGGCCCCCUGCGGUCUCUUCUUCGCUCUCUGACCCAACGACAUCUCCAGCGUCGAAUUCCAGUACUGAUUCAGAAGAAGACCGGUCGGUAACUUCGUAAUUUUCGCUGUCGUCUGAGCUCUCUUCGGUAGCGCGCAGCUUGCGCUCAAGCUUGCUAGAGAGGGGCGGCAUCUUGUGUUCUUUUUGUUGCGGUUACAUUCGAGCCAAACGAUGCUUGCAUCCAAAAAGUUAAGGUCAGCCCCACACUUCACGUGCCUGCCAGAAGGUCUUUGUGCUCGAAUCCAUGCUGCGGUCCUCCCUUUCACCUUCACCUUUCCCACACACCAUACUGAAAGUACCCCAAGCUACCAAGCGGGUUUCGUUUGUUCGUCAUGUCUGUCGAAAUCGAAGGGCCGUUGUCGGUCGUCACGACAGCGCAUCUCUUCUACACACCCACAGCCGCCCGCCCGUCGCCGCGAUGAACAACAACUUCAAUCCCUGGGCGCAGCCUUUUACGCCAAAUUAUGGCUACCCAGGGCAGCCGUACGACCAGGACCGCAACCGCAGCCAGGAGCAGACUGCUCCACAGGGCUACUCGCAGCCUGCACCUAUGGCACCAUGGAACGCAAACUAUGGAAGACAGCAGCAGCAGCCUCAUCAGUACUAUCCACAUACUCAGCAGCCGCAGCAGUACUAUCCGCACACUCAGCAGCAGUACAACAGCGUUGCCGCGCAACAGCAGGCGCAAGCGCAGGCGUACUACUAUCAGUGGGCGCAGUACUACGGUUACACCCAAGGCUUCACGCCCAUCAACCCUCCACAGCAGGCACUUGGACAGACACUCCAGCGCAACUAUCCCUUCUUUGCGCCGUCCUUUGCGGCCAUGCAGUCGCAGCCAGGCCUACACGGUGUCUUCAACCGUGGUCUCCAGGCGUCAACUCCACUGUCUGACGACGAGUUUAUUCAAGUGGUCGAAGAUGGCCCAGCCAAGGCCCGAGAAGAACAACCGGUCUACUCCACAACGAAGCCGAACGGGAGAAACAGAGAUCUGAAGAUCAUGUUACCCGCGCCAGCACCUUGCCUUAAAUACAUGGCACAAGCAGCCGAGGAACCGACCAAAGUCGAGGCAUCCGGUCGCACACUCGUCGUCCUCGAUCUCAACGGCACACUCCUCUACCGUCCGAACAGGAACAAGAGGACGAUGAUCGCACGUCCGUUCCUCAUCCCAUUCCUCCGCUACCUCUUCUCGAACUUUGCCGUCAUGGUGUGGUCAAGCGCGAGACCUGAAAACGUGGCUUCAUUGGUUGAACAGUCUUUGGAAGAAGACCUAAGGAAGGCUCUGGUGGCUCAGUGGGGCCGUGACGCAUUCAACCUCAAGCCUGAACACUACAACCAGAACGUGCAGGUGUACAAAAACCUUGAAAUGAUCUGGAGCAAAGACGAGAUUCAGAAGCAACACCCUGACUAUGAGAACGGAGGUCGCUUUGGGCAACACAAUACCGUUUUGAUCGACGACACAACCCUUAAGGCAGCCGCCCAGCCACACAAUCUCCUCCUGUGCAGCGAAUUCAAUGCUACGCCGGAACAGAUGCGGGAGGAUAAGCUGCGCGAGAUUGCCGGCUAUCUCGAGACACUUCGGACUCAACAGGACGUUUCGAAAUUCAUGAGGAAGGAACCCUUCGGGCACGGCACUGGCAAGUGGAUAUAUGAGUGGCCCGAGAAAGAUGCUCUCACCCAAGAGACGGCCUACCAGGGUGGCCAAUUGGAGAGCAAGGUGUCCGUGCGGAGUCCAUCGAAAAAGAAAGACAAGAAAACCAGGAAAACCAAGAAGACGAAGAAGAGCGAGGCUGCUGCAAAGGCAACCCAAGCUAAGGCGAGCGGCGUUGAACAAGCCUCAGAGUCCGAGGAUAGCGUGAGCGAGCGGGAGGUCGAGGCUCAGGGGAGUGUUGGUGGUGUGAAGCUGUUUUGAGCGAAUCGCCGUCUCCUGACCGAGCGUUUAUGCACUCUGGAUUGCAGGCUUGGUCACUUGUAACCACGACAUGUUCUUCUUGCUUCAUAGUCGCGACGCAGUGGAUAGAGGAGUAACGUCGUACUUCCAAGCAGACGUGUGCGAAGGACCUAAGAUACCCAUCAAAAAGAAUGCCCGUUAUGUUCACUUAUCUACGAUCUCCCAAGCAUUGGGAUCGAGUCUAAUUCUACUUACAU